GAGCAAGGUUGCAACCAAAUGGGUAAAAUUGUGGCGAAGACGGGCGUUACCCGGACCCGCAAAAUCCUACGUGGACGCCCAAAAGGGCACAAGCAACGAAUUGGAUAUUUCUUCUCAAAUUCCAGUGAAGAAGAUAUCCCUCCUCCCUCGAGUUCGAGCUCCGGCUCCGUAGUCUCCUUCAGUCCACCUCUCUCUCUCUCUCUCUCGCUCUCUUCCCCCCGUUUUUGGCGCCAAAUUUCGAGGAAUUCCCGAUUCAUUUUGCGCGAUUUUCACCAACUCCAGUCUUGUCCGACCUUCGCCGACGCUGCUGCCGCGAGGAGGUUCUCGUCGCGGUCGAUGGGAACUCUCACGAGCUGGAGUUUCGGCGCGCUCAACAUCAAGCUCCGCUCGUUGCCCGUAGCCCGCGCUCGCGGCGUCGUAGCUCGGUGCUUCGAGCCCGCGAAGUCGAGGGGCUCGUGUUUUUUGUGCGGAAGAGGUGUUUCGGUUUCGUAUAGGAGGUUAGAUAGGUUCAGGCGAUUCGGCAACAGCGAUGGUGAUGGCGAUUAUAGACCGGAGGGCGAGAGUGACUCGGGGAAAGAGUCGAGCGUCACGACUGCGCCACCGCCGCCCGAAGAGGCUGAAGAGAGAAGCCGCGCCGAGUUCGAGUCAGAGAAGAUUCCGUCCAGGCUGCCAGAAACACCUUCAUUUGGACCGACUUACACUAGCUUUCAAGUAGACUCUUUUAAACUUCUGGAGCUUCUCGGACCAGAAAAAGUUGAUCCUGCUGAUGUAAAGCUAAUCAAAGAAAAGCUCUUUGGCUACUCAACAUUUUGGGUUACAAAGGAAGAGCCAUUUGGAGACCUGGGUGAAGGUAUACUUUUUCUUGGAAAUCUCAGGGCAAAGAGGGAAGAUGUGUUUGCCAAGCUGCAAAAACAGCUUGUUGAAGUCUCUGGAGAUAAGUACAAUCUUUUCAUGGUUGAGGAACCCAACUCAGAAGGACCUGACCCUCGAGGGGGGCCACGCGUUAGCUUUGGUUUGUUGAGGAAAGAGGUCUCGGAACCUAGACCAACAACUCUUUGGCAGUAUGUGAUAGCUCUAUUGCUAUUUCUUUUAACCAUUGGUUCAUCAGUGGAGCUGGGAAUUGCGUCUCAGAUAAAUCGUCUUCCACCGGAAGUUGUGAAAUACUUCACUGAUCCAGAUGCUGCUGAACCACCAGAUAUGGCGCUGCUAUUUCCAUUCGUGGAAUAUGCGUUGCCCCUAGCAUAUGGUGUCUUGGGGGUUCUAAUAUUUCAUGAAGUUGGGCAUUUGCUUGCUGCCUUGCCAAAGAAAGUUAAGUUGAGCAUUCCUUACUUUAUUCCCAACAUCACUCUUGGAAGUUUUGGUGCCAUUACUCAGUUCAAGUCAAUCCUUCCUGAUCGGACUACAAAAGUUGACAUUUCCCUGGCUGGGCCUUUUGCUGGUGCUGCCCUCUCUUUCUCAAUGUUCGCUGUUGGUCUUCUGGUUUCAUCGAAUCCUGAUGCUUCCGGAGAUUUGGUGCAAGUUCCUAGUAUGUUGUUUCAAGGUUCUUUGCUUCUUGGACUCAUCAGUAGAGCAACUCUUGGUUAUGCGGCAAUGCAUGCUGCUACUGUUUCGAUUCAUCCUCUUGUGAUUGCAGGAUGGUGUGGAUUGACUACAUCAGCCUUCAAUAUGCUUCCUGUAGGAUGCUUAGAUGGUGGAAGAGCUGUGCAGGGUGCUUUUGGUAAAAGUGUUCUACUAGGAUCUGGUCUGACCACUUAUACAAUGUUGGGAUUAGGAGUGUUGGGGGGACCUUUGUCACUUCCUUGGGGGCUUUAUGUUUUGAUUUGUCAGAGAACCCCGGAGAAACCAUGCUUGAACGAUGUAUCAGAAGUCGGGACAUGGAGGAAAGCAGUGGUGGUAGCAGCUGUCAUGCUCGUUGUGCUGACACUCCUCCCAAUAUGGGACGAGCUGGCAGAAGAGCUAGGCAUAGGCCUUGUGACAACAUUCUGAUGUAUGGUGGCGAAACUGAUAGUACAUAGAGCAAGUCGGUUCAGCCCUUCAAAGCAUAAAACCGACGGCAAUUUUUGAAACGAUGGUCAAUAAAAAAAAGCUCGCUCGAUAUUUUUUUUCUCUUAA